AUGCAGUUGAUUGCACGUGAGUUGGAUAAAUUGGUUAUUGCCCAGGCUGGGCUUUUGGCCCAGCGACGGCUGGCCAGGGGAGUGAAAUUAAACUACCCUGAAGCUACGGCAUUGAUCACAAAUGUGCUGCAGGAAAUGAUACGAGAUGGCGAGCACAGCGCAUCAGAACUCAUGUCGAUUGGCAAACAUAUUCUUGGGCGCCGAAAUGUGCUUCCGGGCGUAGUCUCAACUCUUACAGUGCUGCAGGUUGAAGGAACGUUCAUGACAGGAACACACCUGAUUACUGUCGAUCAACCCAUUAGCAGCGAGGAUGGUGAUAUGGAAUUGGCGCUGUAUGGCAGUUUUCUGCCCAUUCCCGAAGAGAGCUUAUUCCCUUCAUAUCCAGAAUCCGAGUAUGAGCCUUUGAAGGCCCCUGGAGCCAUAUCACCUGGGGAAGGAAGGAUUGAGCUUAAUCCGGGUAGAAAGCGAACUCAAUUGAAGGUUACGAACAAGGGCGACCGACCAAUUCAGGUUGGCUCUCAUUUCCACUUCAUUGAAUCAAACCCCGAGCUGGAUUUCGACCGGAUCAAAGCUUAUGGCUAUCACCUUGACAUUCCCGCUGGGACAUCAACUCGCUUCGAGCCCGGUGACACCAAGACCGUAAACUUGACGCAGAUCAGUGGUCUCAAAACCAUCAAGGGCGGAAGCAGUAUUGCAACUGGAACUAUUGACCUGUCUCACACCAAUGCAGUACUGCAACGCAUCAAGGAGGAAGGCUUCCGACACACUCCCGAGGAGCUGACCGUUGAUAUCCAAAACCUAGAGCCUUUCACGAUGGAUCGACUUUCAUAUGCCUUGAUGUAUGGUCCGACUAUCGGUGACUCGAUCCGUCUGGGCUCGACAGAUCUCUGGGUGAAGAUUGAAAAGGACUACACAGCACACGGAGACGAGUGUACGUUUGGAGGCGGUAAGACUCUGCGCGAUGGAAUCGGACAAGCUGCUGGGCGUGCAGACGAUGAGUGUGCAGAUUUGGUUUUGGUGAAUGCGUUAGUCAUUGACUGGACUGGAAUCUUCAAAGCCGAUAUUGGAGUCAAAGACGGGGUCAUCGUGGGCAUUGGAAAAGCUGGUAAUCCUGAUGUGAUGGAUGAGGUCAACCCAGCGCUGGUGAUUGGAUCCAACACAGACAUCAUUGCCGCAGAAGGGAAAAUCAUCACUGCUGGUGGCAUAGACACCCAUGUUCACUUUAUCUGUCCGCAGCAAGUUGAAGAGUCCAUCUCGUCGGGUAUCACAACCAUGUUUGGUGGAGGCACUGGACCGAGUACCGCCUCCGUUGCCGCCAAUUGCACCCCGAGCAAGACCUAUAUUCGAAAAAUGAUGCAAGCGCUAGACACACUGCCAGUAAAUUUCGGUGUCAUUGGCAAAGGCAGUGAUACUGGCAAGCCGGGACUACUUGAUCAGUGCAACGCAGGUGUCGCGGGUCUUAAGCUGCAUGAAGAUUGGGGAUGCACCCCAUCCGCAAUUGACUCUUGUCUGAGUGUCUGCGAAGAACACGACAUUCAAUGCCAGAUACAUAGUGAUUCUUUGAACGAGUCCGGGUUCGUUGAGCGAACGGCGGCUGCAUUCAAAGGAAGGACGGUACACGCAUACCAUAUCGAAGGGGCUGGUGGCGGACACGCACCCGAUAUGAUUUCCCUUGUGCAACACGCCAACGUCCUCCCUAGCAGUACUAACCCAACGAAGCCAUACACUUGCAACACAGUCGACGAGCAUCUCGAUAUGGUCAUGUCCUGUCAUCAUCUAUCGAAGAAUAUUCCCGAAGACAUUUCCUUCGCGGAUAGCCGAAUUCGAGCAGAAACAAUUGCCGCAGAAGAUGUUCUCCACGAUACCGGUGCCAUUAGCAUGAUGUCAUCAGAUUCUCAAGCAAUGGGACGAUGUGGAGAGGUUGUUCUUCGCACUUGGAAUUUGGCGCACAAAAAUAAAGUAGAGCGUGGCCCACUGCCUGAGGAUGAGGAUACGGGGGCGGAUAACCACCGUGUUAAGCGGUAUAUCAGCAAAUACACCAUUAACCCAGCGCUGGCCCAGGGGAUCAGUCAUGUCGUGGGCAGCGUUGAGGUUGGCAAAUUGGCCGAUCUUGUGAUCUGGGAACCUGCAAGCUUUGGUACCAAGCCAUUCCAAGUUCUCAAGAAGGGCUUUAUUGCUUCGGCUCAAAUGGGUGAUCCAAACGCAUCAAUCUCUACCGUUCAGCCGAUUAUUGCACGGCCGAUGUUUGCGCCCCUUCUACCAUCAAGUAGUGUGAUCUUCGUUUCCAAGGCCGGCAUGGAGAAUGGUUCUGUCGCAUCCUACGGCCUGAAAAAACAGAUCGAAAUUGUGAAGAAUACUCGCACCGUCACUAAGCUUGACAUGAAAUUCAACAAUGCCACGCCAAAAAUGGAGGUCGAUGCUGAAGCCUUUACGGUUAAGGCGGAUGGUGUAGAGUGCAAAGCAGAAGCCGCUACCUCGGUUCCGCUUGCGCAUCAGUGCUUCAUCUACUAG